CAAGUACGGGGGAAGUGGCGCGGGACGGUUGAAAUACUCACAACAAACUACGAAAGACACGUUUGAAUGUUACAGCUCGACUGACAUUUUGGGGCAUAUAUAACUUUUAGAAUAACCCGUCAGCUGUAAAACCAACGUCGGGGAGUUUUACGUUUACUUUUCCAAGUAAGCGCUAAGUUCAAUUGUUCGCUCGCUCGACGUGAAAUUGGGUAGUAGCGAACGCUAAUGCUAACACAAACUUUCGUUUCUGCUAACACCGCUAACGCGUCAAAUAGCUGUUCUUUUUUCCCCCCGCGUACAUCAUGUCAUUUGCUAGAGGCGGAUGUCGGACCCAACAUGGCAAGGGCCUGAAAAAGCCCCUUCGCCCCAAGAAGACAGCACCUCCUCCCAAAAGAGAGUGGGUGAGCACCAUCAGUGACCUGUCCGUGCACAAGCUGACCCCCGCGGAGCUGGACCAUCGCCAUGAGAUCCGCAAGUCGCACAACAAGGCCGCCGCUCAGUGGGAGCUGCGAGAGAAAGCGCUGAAAGCUCGCCUCAGGCAGGCUGGAUGUAGUCCUCUGGAUAAAGCCAGUCAAACAAUCAUCAGAGAGGUGUUUUCUGACAAGCUGCUGCUGCAGGAUGUGCUGGCCCGCUCCGACAGAGCCUUGGCUGUCGUCAACGACCUGUUUGGAGACUCACCACGCAGGCAGACUGGACAUCCCAGUGUGACGGUGGCCCCAAUCUUGGACUCUCCAUUUUUCCAGAGCUCCACUGGGCUUUCACCUCUCAAUGACUCCAUGGUGGAUCAACAGGCUGUUCUUGAACCAGACGACGACGACAACUAUUACUACAGUGAUACUAGACGACUACUCCAGAGUAAAAUUCAGGUGAAGAAUAAGAUGGGAGGGCCCCAGCGUCAAAGAAUUCGUCCCGGUGUCUCUGAGCGCAGAUUUGCAAGUCCUCAAACUCCCUGCGCACCAGCCCAAACUGUGCUAAAUGCCACGGCAGCAGUCCAGCGUUUACGGUCCAGACGCAACCAUUCGGAGGAAGCCGUGCAGGAUCCUUCCUUCCUGGUCUCGCAAGUCCUCAACCCUGAUCUUUCUCCCAGGCUCCCAGGCAGCUGUCGCUCGGCCAGGACCAGGAAGCGCGCCUGCAAGACGCCAGAGCUGAACGGUUCCUCCGAGGCCUCUCUCAGCACGGAACCAUCCGGCUUGGAUCUGCUGCAGACCAUGCUGGCCCAAGUGGAGCUCGACUUGGAUUCCUUGAGCCCGCAAACAUCGACACAGAGUCGGCAACGCUCAGCACAAGGCUUCACUGGCUUUUCCGUAGCUUUGGUCUCUAAUCUCGCACGCCUGGUUCAGCUCCUCAAAAACCGAGAAUAUGACGCACAGACUGCGAUUGAGGAGAAACAAAAGCUCGAGGAGAAGCUGAAAGAGCAACGAAGCUUGAUUGACGCUCUCACUGCAGAGACCAUGAUUUUGAGAGAGGAGACAUCCUCACUGAAGGCAGAGUUGCAGCAGCGGACAGCCGAGCUGGAGAGGAAGCUGGACUCUGUGGUGUCGGCAAUGGCGACGCACAUCAACCAACCACAAGGCUCUGACGUCAUAGCUCCAGUUCCACAGCCCGUUGCCGAGCGACCGCCAGUUUCCGUAUCGCCCGCCAUCCAACUCUCCUCACCUGGACAGGGAGAUGCCUUGCAGCCAAUUCCUGAGACAGAUCAGGUUGCCUACAAGGAACUCCGAUCCCCCAGCUCGGCGUCCAGUCUCGUCAGCCUGCCUCUCGCCAGCCUCCCCCUCACGUUGCGACUCUCUCCCGACGCCUUGGAGGCCAAGAUCGCCAAGCUCUGCCACCUCAGGGACGUGAUCGCCGAUGCCCAGAGUAGCCGUGCCCGAAGCGUCGGCGGGUCGCCCGGCAACGGCGGCACGCAGCAGAAGCGCUCGGCUUCCGUCGGCACAGGCAGAGUGACGCCUGACAGGACUUCGCCGUGGCCUGAGAGCUUUGCAGGGCUCGGUCAACAUGUCAGCCAAGUGAACCAUCAGGGGACUCUGAAUAAUAACAGCGCGAGCAAUGUGCAACAGCGCCUCCUGGAGGUCAACAGGAAAAGCGCAGCAGCCAGAGGCCGAUUGCUGGAUCUGAUCGAGCAGCAGAAACAAACCCUUUCUGCCAGAGUGUCUCCGUCCGUCUCCCCCGUGCCCCCCUCGGCCUUCAGCCCGAGAACGUCAGGUGGCAGUGGAAGCAUGGACGGAUCCCUCUUGAAACCAGCAGAUGACAAACGAUCAGCCGGUUCGCAAGCUUUUUCUCGGCAUUAUGAAGAGGCUCAGAGGGAUGGAAGCACGCCGCAAACACAAAAGCAGCAAGUACAGGACAGCUGCUUUGCUCUGUCUGCACACGUAUGAUGACAAGGAAAGCACUUUGACAAAAUCGUCACAAUUCAAUGUUUUGCUUUGAUCGCAAAUAAAUAAAUUGUCUUUCUUGCACUCAAUUCAAUUGACGAGUUGUCUCAUUUUAACGUGGUCACUUUUUGCAGCUCGCUGACAAGCUAUAGUACCGAAGAAAGGUCUCCCGUGUGUGCAGGGAGGGAGACAGGACAGGAGGCGAUCCAGUGCAGUGCAAUGCAAAGCCAGUAGGUGGCAACAUGGAGUCACUCCCAAAGCCUCAACGUGAAGAAGCAACCAAACGUCGUUUUCCAGCACCGGACAGGACUCGGUGGUGACCUGGCAGCUGUUUUCGCUCCCCUCAACCUUGACGAAUCCUUCUCCGCCUUCCAGAAGAAAGCGAGGAGGAAGCCAGCAGAGGCCGCUUGGAAUCAAAGCAGCGGAGAAAAAAAACAGUUUGUCUUCUCUCCAAGCUCUGAUAAUAGCGCCACUCUUGCGAUAUCAGCAACUCGACCGUUCUCAUUUGCAGUGAUGAUGUGCUGAUGGAUGUGCUCGUGAAUUCCCCAAUGGGAGAAAUCACUGACUGAAGCAAAAAAGGAGGUGAGGAGGAAGGGGGGGUGAAAUGAUUCCCAAACCUUAAUGUUUUCCACAUGCUUUGGAAGAUUGUCGACGCGUAUGAUUUGUCGUUGGGGAGCUAAAAAAAAAAAAAAUAGGCGACUGUCAGUGUGACAUUGUCAAAGCCCAACGCUGACGUUGGGCACCGGCCAAUGUUUGCCACCGCCCUAAAAGGAGCGUCUCCACUCUCAGUUGGAGAAACAUUGUGGCUUCGCAACUGAAAAUUAACAGCGUGGCUUUUUUUCCGCAGACGCUUCUUUUUACAAACAAACAACACUUUGCUCGAGUCCUUAUAGAAGGAGUCAGUCAAAAUAUAUCAAUAUUUUUUGUUUAGCGUCAAGCAUCAGUUGAAUGUUUACAGACAAGACUG